GACAGAUGACGAAGAAACAGGAAGAGGAAACUAAUACCUGUUUUUCGGGGGCUAAUUCUUUCCAUUAAUACUCUUGCCAACCUUUUAGAAUUGGAAACAGCUGAGAACUGUUGGCUCCUGUUAUAUGGCUUUAACGGUGGGAGGUAAGCGACCCGCAAUAUCCCAGAAUUCUGCGACGUCAGUAAAGAGAAGGAUGGGUCAGUCAACAAGCACGCAAGACUGCCCAGGUCUUCCUCCCGUGGUUGUGGAGGAAAUUCUUCUAAACGUACCUGCACAACAGAUUAUAUGUGUAUGUCGCUUGGUAUGUCGAGACUGGAAGUUGAUGGUGGACAGUGCUUCAUUUUGGAAAGAGCGAUGUCGUAGAGAAGGAUUUAAGACUCGUGUUACCGCUAAAACCCCAAAGGAACGGUGGGCCUUCUACUUUCUAUAUAAGAAACGUCAUAACCUCUUAAAGAAUCCCAAUGCGGAAGAGAACUUCAAUGGCUGGCACAUCUCAGAAAAUGGAGGUGAUCAGUGGAAUGUAGAAGAUGUAUUUACGCCUCAUCCAGAUAACACAGUGACAAAAUGCUUUGUUACCUCUUAUCACCUUUGUCUGAAAAGCCAGCUGAUUGACUUGGAGAAAGAAGGUUACAGUCCUGCAUUCCUUGAUGAUAUACAGCCUGACAUCAUCAUAUCAGACUGGUACGCACCACGGUGGGACUGUGGUAGUCAAUAUGAGAUCCGUGUAGAUUUACUUGAUCAAAAGAAGAAGACACUGAAAACCUUUAAUCCUCAAAGGGUCACCUUUCCACAGUGGAAUGAUCAACAGUGGAAUCAGAUGACUCAUGUCUUUAAGGACUAUGGACGGGGUGUUCGCUUUAUCCGUUUCAUCCACGGAGGGCAGGACACUCAGUUCUGGGCAGGCUGGUAUGGGAUACGGGUAACUAACAGCAGUGUGGAAAUCUACCCAGCAUCAGAGGCAUAAUGUCCACACAUCAUGGUCUUUCAUGCUGGGAUACACUGACCAGUGCUUUUGCUUAAUGCUUAAGCCAUGAUCCAGCAACUACUGCUGAGAGAGGAAAACAAAGAUAUUUAACUGUGGUAAUUCCUUUAGUAUUUAGAUAUCCUUUAUAAUUUUAUAAAUAAUAACUAUUUAAAAUAAUAUCAACUAGCUCUAUAUUGUAUACUGUUUAAAUAAGGAUUGUUCUUCCAAUGUGAAAUUAUGAUGAAAAGCCUGAAAGGAAUGGGUCUAUGUAUGUGCUGCAUAUAUGAACAUACUGCCUUUUAAUGAAUGUUUAACAAACAGUUUUUAAAGGGGGGGGGGGAAAUAAUUUUCUUCCUUUUAAAAAUGGUAUUAUCUACAGUACAAUUUAAUGUGUUAAAACAUUUUAAAUGUCUGUUUUCAACAAACCUGAUGCAGGUGUUGAAAUUUCCCAAACCCCAGGGAAGGGAUAGACAAGAGUUGUUUGUAAUGUCAGAGAAACGUAGCCUGCUUUGGCAUCUCAUCUCUAAAUUUCUCAUUGAACUAAAAUAUUUACUUUAUUAAGCCAAAUCAUCAUUUAGUGUUACACAUUUGAUUAGUGAGCUGUCAGACUGCCAUUCUCUGAUAUCUUGGGCAGAUGUAUUUCACUGUGAUAUGGGAAAAAUGAAUUAGGGGAUAUGCAAUCCAGCCUUUCCUCCAGAAUGAAUAUUCCUGGGUUUGGUGGAAAGAUAUAUUAUGGGGUUUGGAAAACCAUGUAUUGCUCUGAACUGAGUCUUAAUAUGACCAUUGUUUAAAAAAAAAUAAGAACUGUUAAAUGAAUCCUUAAUUUUUUGAUUAUUUAGAAGAAAAAACUAUAUCUUACUUAUUAAGGAUGGGAUGGAUACCAAAGAACAAACCAUUUUGUUCACACGUUCCAAAUGAUGCUUCAUUGAUCUAUGCAUACACCAAGUACAGUACUUUUCAACAAAUCUGUAGUGAAAUAAAUCCACAGUUCAAAUCA